UCAAAAUAAUAAGUAAUUAAAAUAAUUUGAUUUAAUUCAAUUUUUAGUUUUCUUUAGUUGAGAACCGAAGUCGGCGGUCGGAGUAGACGCAACAAUUCUCUCGGCACCUUUCUCCUCCGAUGAUUUCUUCUUCUCAGAAUUUCUGAAAUAUUAAAACUGAAAAAUUCCCAUUUCUACCAAUAUUCACAAGAAAUAGAUUAAGGGAUAUUUUUUAAAAACUAAAAAAAAAAGAAAAAAAAAAGAAGAAAAAAAUGGCGUCUUUACUCUUUCGCCGGAGACUAUCGCCGGCGAGCAUUUCGUAUAAGACUCUAUUAAAUGGUGGUGGGGAGUUUUAUUUGCUCCCAGGGAAUAUGGCAACAGAAGCUUCUUUUGGUAUUUGUAAUUGCUUAAGGAAAUUCAGCAGUUCUACUGCUGCUAGAAAAGUUGAUUUUACAGACCUUACUCGUCCGCAUACAUGGUAUCCACAUGCUCGAAAGAAAAGCCGCAAUGUUUUUUUACAUGUGGGCCCUACAAACAGCGGCAAAACAUAUUAUGCCCUAAAACAGCUCGAGUCAAGUUCUUCUGGUGUUUAUUGUGGUCCUCUGAGGCUGUUAGCAUGGGAGGUCGCAAAAAGGUUAAACAAGUCAAAUGUUCCCUGUGAUCUUAUUACUGGACAAGAAAGGGAGGAAGUUGAGGGUGCAAGACACAAGUCUAUUACAGUAGAGAUGGCUGAUGUUACAUCUGACUACGAAUGUGCAAUUAUUGAUGAAAUUCAGAUGAUAGGGUGUAGGACAAGGGGUUUUUCAUUUACACGUGCGUUAUUGGGACUAGCUGCUAAUGAGUUGCAUCUGUGUGGAGAUGCAGCAGCUGUACCUCUUGUUCAGGAAAUCCUCAAAGUGACAGGAGACUCCAUCAAGGUUCAGUACUAUGAGAGGCUCUCACCUCUUGUCCCUUUAAAGGUUCCUUUGGGAUCAUUCUCCAAAAUACGGACUGGUGAUUGCGUUGUCACCUUCUCGCGUACGGAAAUAUACAAGAUGAAGAAGCAAAUUGAAGCUGGAGGAAUGCAUCGUUGUUCUGUUGUUUAUGGUUCAUUGCCGCCAGAGACUCGAACUAGACAGGCAACAAUGUUCAAUGAUGCAAGCAGCAACUCUGAUGUUCUUGUCGCGAGUGAUGCUAUUGGGAUGGGUCUCAACCUUAACAUUUCUAGAAUUAUAUUUUCAACAUUACAGAAAUUUGAUGGUGUUGAAAUACGGGACCUAACUGUACCAGAGAUAAAGCAGAUAGCAGGACGAGCAGGCAGGUACAAAUCCAAUUUUCCUGUCGGUGAAGUAACUUGCUUAAAUGCAGAUGAUCUGCCAUUACUUCAUUCCUCACUGGAUCAUCCAUCUCCUGUACUUGAGCGAGCUGGUGUCUUUCCAAACUUUGACCUUUUAUACAUGUAUUCUCGUCUACAUCCAAAGCAUGGAAUACAUGAGAUACUGGAGCAUUUUAUGGACAAUGCCAAGUUAUCAGAACAUUAUUUCAUUGCUAAUUGUGAUGAAUUGUUGAAAGUUGCUGCUAUUAUUGAUACACUACCCCUCAGUUUGCAUGAUAAAUAUCUUUUCUGUAUAAGUCCGGUUGAAAUGGAUGAUGACAUUUCAUCUCAAGGCCUCACUCAAUUUGCGACAAAUUAUUCUAACAAUGGCCUGGUACGACUGCGAGAAAUAUUUACUCCUGGGACACUUAAGGUGCCAACAUCUCAUACUGCACUUAAGGAGCUUGAAUCAAUUCACAAGGUUUUGGAUCUGUAUGUUUGGUUGAGUUAUCGCUUGGAAGAGAGCUUUCCAGAUCGCAAGCUGGCUUCCUCACAGAAGGCUAUUUGCAGCAUGUUAAUAGAGGAGUUCCUAGAAGGACAAGGAUGGCAAAGGCCAAGGACAAAGAGAUCAACUCAAAAGAGUAGAUCGAUUUCACUGAUCUCCCAAGACACAAGACACAAGUUUUAAUUCUUCGGUGUUGCUAUUUAAUGUCUCUGUAACACGAGAUGAAAGCCAUGAAACUAGACAGAAGUUUUAACUCUUCAUGUUACUACUCAAAUAUGUCUGUAACAAGAUGGCUCGAGAUGGAAGCUUCUGAAUCACGAAAUACACCCCAUGUUCAACACUGGUUCUAGUCAAGAAGUUUGGCUGGUUUCAAGGGAAUAUGCCUUUGUAGUUUUAUUUCCUAGGUUGAAGAAAUUGAAUGUGUUGUUCUCUGUACAUUAUGCUCAAAUAUAUGUUCUCAACAGACUAUACACAGUAUACUUUUGUAUUUAUUUUCCUUUAAAUACAACAAGGUACCUCUUUCAUUUUGUGACAA